AUGAAGAAGGUCGUGAUUAAGGUGUGCAUGAACGACGAUACCGCGAGAUUUUAUUGUUUCGGCCCCCGAAGCUCUCGCUGCAAAGCUAUGAGAGUUGCUACUGGCUUCGCAGGAGUUCAAUCCGUGGCACUGGUGGGAGAUGACAAGGACCGAAUCGAGGUGGUUGGAGAAAGGGUUGAUGCGGUCAAGCUCACCACUUUGCUCAGAAAGAAUGUCGGGUUCGCGGAGAUAGUGACCGUGGGUGAGGCUGACGCGAAAAAAAACGAGAAUGAAGACACGGCGGCACAGCCCGUCAUCUGGUCGUACGUCGGCGGGGUCCCGCACCGUGAAAUCGUCUACGUUAUGGAUCCAUACCCACAUUAUAGCGAACCCUCGUGCUCGAUCAUGUAG